GAUAAACAGAGAGGGGCACAGAAGAACACAGUGACCCGAGUAGAGAGCACGCUUUUGUUUGUUUACAAUCUGAUUAUCUAUUAUAGCUCGUCAACGUGCUUGUUUUAAUGUGCCAUGUUUUAGCACAAUAAAUAACAAAUCACAUAAUUGUUUCAGUUCAGUUAAGGCUGAUAACCUCCUCUUUAAAUAGAGCUAGUUAACCGAGUGAAAAUGAGGCUUUGUCACACUUUACUUAAUGCUGUCAGGUUCAGGACUGGGUUUGAUUUCGGAGAAAGAGAAGUUGCUCACUGGUUCCCUGGACAUAUGGCGAAAGGACUCAAGCAGAUGAGAGCCAGUCUGAGGAAAGUUGACUGCAUCAUUGAAAUCCAUGAUGCCAGAAUACCAUUUUCUGGAAGACAUCCUUUGUUUCAAGAGAGCCUUGAUGUCCGGCCGCAUUUACUCAUCCUGAAUAAGAUGGACCUGGCAGACACAUCAAACAAAUUGAGUGUCCUGAAACGUCUUGAGAGAGAUGGAGUUAAAAACGUCGUGUUCACAGACUGUCUAAAGCAAAGAGACACGAGUAUCAAAAAGAUAAUUCCUCUUGUAACAGACACGAUAGAGAACGUGCCUCGUUUCCACAGAGAGGAGAACAGAAGUUAUUGCGUAAUGGUGGUUGGUGUGCCAAACGUUGGCAAAUCUUCACUCAUUAAUGCUUUAAGAAGAACAAACCUGAAAAAAGGCAAAGCCUCAAGGGUUGGAGGUGAACCUGGAAUUACCAAAGCUGUUCUGACCAAAAUCCAGGUGUGUGAAAGACCCGUCAUACAUGUGCUGGACACACCGGGUGUGCUGGCUCCUAAGAUCGAGAAUGUAGAAACUGGGAUGAAACUCGCCUUAUGUGGUACUAUACUGGACCACUUGGUUGGUGAAGAUAUCAUCGCUGAUUAUUUGCUUUUUUCACUCAACAGACUUGAGCGGUUUGGCUAUGUGGAGAGGUAUGAUCUAGAAGCACCAUCCGAUGAUAUUCAACAUGUGCUGAAAUGUAUCGCUGUUAAGCUCGGUAAGACUCAGCGAGUGAAAGCCAUCACAGGAGUAGGUGACAUAACGGUCAGAAUGCCUAACUACACCGCUGCAGCCUAUGACUUCAUCAGAGCUUUCCGAAAAGGAGAGCUGGGGAAAGUCAUGCUUGACUAAAAAAAAAAACCCAAAACGUUGCAUAUGCCAAUGAGAGAUUCAUGAUAUUCAUGAUAUGAUAUUCAUGGUAAUGGUAACUGUGAUAAUACUGUAUUAUUAAAUUGACUAAAUUCUAUUGCA